UUCAUCCAUUGAAAUAAAAUUUUCUUUAAUCCUGCAAAGUACGAUAGGUAGAAUUCUACCUAACACAAUAAUAAUAGAAAUAUUCAACCAGAUAAAAUCAGCCCAAGGACAUUGUUAAUACGAUAAAUGUAUAUUGUUUCCCUAAUAUAAUGGAGGAUGAGAUAGAAGAGUGUAUAAGGAAAAAGAUUCAUUGGCCACAGUUGCCUUCUGCUGUGAAAAAGCUACUAGGCGAUUCUCCAAAGGAAUAUGAGCGUUAUAUAUUCGAGUUUAGUAUUAAAAAUCAACUUCGUUUCAGAGGCAGUCUUGUGAGGUCAGUCCGCAAAGAUGAAAAGAAGUAUUAUGAAACACUGGUGCAGAGCAGUAUACAGAGGCUCAUGCUGUACCCCUAUCACUUAGCUGAUAUGAUUGUUAAAGGGUUAAGGAUAACACCCUAUAUUUAUUAUGUGGAAGUAGUGGCGCUACUGAUUGAAAUGGAGAAGAGUUAUGACACUAUGCCGAAUUUCACCGCCGCUGAUUGCCUCCGCUUGCUCGGCAUCGGGCGCAACGAGUACCUGGAAGUGGUGGCGCGCGCGCGGUCGCUGAGCCGACGCUCGCGCGCGCGCGCGCUGCGCUCGCUGCUGCCGCGCGCGCCGCUGGUCGUGCCCGCGCAGCCGUGGUGGCGGCUCGAGCUGGGCUACGUGCUCGAAGACGACGUCAAGCCUUUGAGUGAGAGUGAAAAGGCGCUUAUAGACCUGCUGAUCGACCGCGGAUCCCAAACCGCCGGCACCCUUGACUAUAACGUCGUCAUGUCUUUGUACAGACGAGGUCUAAUAUACCUGGACGUGCCAAUCACCGCUGCGGACAAAGUGUCCGUGCCACCGCUGAAAGGGUUCGUAAUGAACCGCGUGGCCGGCGACUACUUCGAGACGCUGCUGUACAAGGUGUUCGUGUCCGUCGACGAGCACACCAGCGUGGCGGAGCUGGCGUCCGUGUUGCAGGUGGAUUGCGAGCUGGUGAAGCAAGCAGUGUCGCUGUACUGCCGGCUGGGUUUCGCCAACAACCUGCAGCCGCCGCCCGUGACCCCGCAACACCCGUCAUGGCACACUGCGGUCACCCAGCACAGACAUCAGCCGUAUAGACAGAUAGCCCCGCUAACCUUCGACCCCGCGGCAGACGAGGACGCAUUGCAGAUGGAGCCCGUGCUGCUGAAACAGGAGCCUUCUACGUCCAGACAGAGUUACCAAGAAACGAUAUCAGAAUAUUCUAGCAACAGCGGCGUGAAGCGGGUAGCCGUUCUAUUCGACUCCACGUUAGCAGCCUACCUCAUGAUGGGGAACCUCUCUCCGGAUCUAAAAAGCCAUGCUGUCACGUUGUUUGAAGUGGGCAAGUUGUGUGACGAAAGUUUGGACAGCCUGCUUAUGGAAUUAGACAAAGUUGUAGCAGACCCAGAAAUCGAGGGAGAAGCGCGGCGCUAUUUAGCAGCUGCAGCGUGUUUACGCGUCGCUUUGCGCACGCUGAGGCCCGCGCUGCGGCCGCUAGAUCUGCUGCGCUGUGAAGCGCUGCACGCGCUCGGUGCUCAAGCACGAACGCGACUUCUUAACACUAAGUACAGGCUGGCGAUAGCCACAGCGCCGCUGUGCCGGUCGGCGCGCGCGGACGCGGCGGCGGGCGCGCUGCCGCACGCGGGCCCGGCGCCGCCCGAGGCCGCCACGCCCUGGAUGCGCCUCUACCUCUACCACGUGGCCGGCUACGGCCCGCCCACGUUGCUGCUCACCAAGGGCACUCAACUGCGUGGUGUACCCCGACCCCUCCUCGGCUUCGCCCGCCUCUCGGUCACGUGGUGGGGCGCUGAAGCCGCUUUAGAAGGCAGCGGCACAGCGCUUCCAGCCGCUGCAGCGCUCGCGGCCGCCAACACCGCUCUGAGACGAGCGCCGGUGCUACUGCAAGCUGUUGCUGUGAGGAAGACGCCAACGUUGACGCAUCUGGUGUUCCCUACAGAGGCUGACAGUGAUCUAGAAUCGCAAGCGCUGUGGUCGCGUCACGCGGGCUUGCGGCGGUUGUACAAGCGGCUGCGCUUGUCCCGCACUGUGGGCUACGUGACGCUGGCGGACAUCGGCGUGCCCGACCUCGGCUGCGCCAGACCGCCAUCUAGCGUUCAACUAGCUGCAGUGAGAAAAAAGAAAGAAUCGUGCGGCAUGGCCAAACCGAUCAGCGAACUGUCAAUUUCCUCAACAGACUCUAUGGAGAAAAUACAAGCGGACUACAGCAAGAGAAUAACGGAACGUCUUCAAUCCCCCAUUGAGUCGCACUUCGCCGUCACGCCCACAACGGCAAGCAAGAACAGCUCGCCCGCCAACGGCUUUACUAGCGUCGAGUGCGGCCAGUUACUCUGCGAAGAGCUUGACAACCUCGCCAUAGACGAAAAAACACAAUCGAUCGAUUGUCCCGACCACACACAUUCAAACUCUAGCGUCGAAGAUUUGAAAGAAACGAACAAAAAACAUUCCAUUAAAAAUUCCUUGAGUAAAGAAUCGAUCGCACUUUCUGACGAUUUAGUUCCGAUUCAUUCGUCGUCUGUCAGUAUCGAGAAUUUGAAGUUCGAUAGCAAGAAAGGCAGUGAAACGCCGAGUGAGAAAUCCAUGAACCAGUUGAACGAUUUGUUGAGCCCCGCUGAGGAAUCGAUAUCGAUGUUUACGCAGUUGACGGAUAAGUUGACAGAAAUUUCGACAGAGGGAGAUAGUGGAGUCGACACUGCGCAUAACUUUUCUGAUGAGGAAACUUGUAAACCGGAGAAAUGGACGAUAUUGGACCUCCAAUUCGGCAUUCCUUUGUUCGAUGAAACAAUGUGUGAGAAGAUUUGCCACUGUCUGGUGGACCGGAUAGCCAAGCCAGAGCUAUUAGAGAAAAUAAAGGAAGACAAUGAAUUUAUUCGCUCGGACAUACUGAAGUUUGUGUCACAAUGCCAGUAUUACCCCGGCGAAGACAUGGGAAUAGUAAAACGUGGAAUCCUAGUUCCUCUACCCAGAAAGAAUCUGGUGUUUGAAAACGGAAGAAUUACAGAGUGGAACGGGAAAUGAUGCCGUCCCGCUCGCACGCGCCAUAACCACCCAUCGAUGCAGCCUUGCGAAAGAGAUGCACAUAUAUUGAUCAGCUUUAUUAGAUGAGACGAUAGUUUUCUGUGGUAGUCUUGCUUGACUGCCAUUUAGAGAUUAAUUUCCGCUACAUACAUUUGUAAGCGAUACAGUAUUAUAUCAAAAGAUUUUACAAUUUAUGAUAAAAAUAAAUAGUGUGUAUAAUUAUUUUUAAGUUGUGUUCAGAAUUUAAUAUGUAUUCUAUAGUUUCUGCAUACAGGGUGAUAUUACCUUGUAUAUUAAAAUUCAUAUUCUACGCUUUCCAAUGAUGAACCGUAAAACAAGUGUAGGGUUCUGAUAAGAUAUUUCAGAAUCUGUCUGAGGAAGAAGCUGCGAAAACGUAAUCGUUAAGAUGAGAGUGGGUGUUUCAGAACCAAGUAUUUUUGUCGAGCCACGCGUAGCAAUGCAUAAUUAAUACAUUUGAUAGCAAUAUGUAUUCGGAAAACAAAUAUCGGAAAGCUUAAUUGAUUUGUUAAUUAUGAAAUUUAUUUAUUUAUUAUUUUGUAAUACUACGUUUACCUAUAGAUGAUACCUGACCAUACAUCUACUUUUAGUACUUAUUCUUGAAAAAUAUUGAUAAGUUUUUUUUAUACAGAGACAAGAAAAUAGACGAGUUCUUUUUGCACAAUUAUUUCAAGUAUUUUUUUUUUAUAUAAGUUUCGGGAUGCUUAUUGUAUGCUUGCCCACAAAAUAUUGUGUAUAUUUACUUAGUCAUUAUAAUUACAAAUACAUACAUUCCCUUCUUUGGAAAUUAUUAUAAGUAAUUUUUUGAUACCUAAAUAUAGAACAUUUUCCUGCUUGAUGAUAUAAAGAAAAAAAAAUUAAGGCAUUAGUUAAUGUUUACAAAACUUUCUUUGUUUUUUCGUUCUCUAAACUAAACAAAACUUCUAAGAGCUUUGUUUCGAUCUCUAAGGAAAACAAUACCGAAAGUUUUAUUUUUUCAUAUUUAACAGGAAUAAAAUACAUUGUCUGAUUUCUGAAGAAAGUUAUGAACAUAUAGUCAACAGUAGAAAAUACCUGUGCUUUAUCCUAUCGCAGAAUUUAAGUGGAAUUACAUAGGUAUAUUUAUGUUAAUUAAAUGUACACUAGUCUAUAAAUGAGUAAUGUAAAUUUAUGUGUUAAAUUGUAACAAUGUUACUAAUAAGUGAUAGUUACUAUAAAACAAUAUUUUACUUAUUUUAAAUAUUUUAUUUUGUUAAGACAUGAAUGUCAAAAAUUUUGAUGUUUCAUUGUAUCUGUUGUUUUUGUUACUUAUUUAAACUGUUUUUCUUGUCUAUGACAAUGGACAGAUUUGGGGGACGGAGAUUUGUAACAGUGUCAAUACAGAUAUGACAAAGAUUUCGCUUCGUCUUCCUAAAAUCUAUUGAUUUUUAUUGCAAUACUCUAUAUCAGAUUCAUAGAGUCCGUCCCAGAGUUCUUUCUGUUGUUGUAAUGUAAAACCAAUCUAAUAAAAUAAAUAAUUACACAA